AAGGACAAAAUAAUACAAGUAGCGGCGCUUCAUUAUGUGGUAAUGAAACUCUUCAAUUGAACCGACACGGGCGCAUACAGAAUCCUGCAUCUGGCAGGUUUUCGUGAACCAUCCCCAAAUAGGGUUUCUUCUUAUCUUACGAAACAGUGUGUGAAAAUUUCCUUUUUCGAAAUUCUUGAUGAAGAUCUUUUAAAAUCCGUUUUUGGGUAAUAAUCUGAACAGGAAAAAAAAAAAUUGUUUUAAGGGAUUUGAGGGUUAGAGGAAAAUGAAGUAAUUGAGGAAAUCGAAUUGAGUUUCCAGUGCAAACCUUCGACAGGCAAACUUGUCUCUACCAGGGAAUUGCCCUUCAAAAGUUGGUCUCAAAUCGAUUAUGUCCCGUGCUAAUUUUAUGGACUCGAAGAAACGUCACCAUGCAUUAAAUGUGAAGUCUUCGGCUGAUAAGCCCCAAUUCAUUCUUCAGAUUAAUUGGAAAUGCCCUCCCAAAUUUGCAUUGAAAAAAGAAUGGUGUGUGGCUGCUGGUGAAGAAAGUGAGUGCGUAGGGGGUCGAAUGCCACCUCCCAGACCCUCCGUCUCAUCCGACGUGGAAGGUGAAUAUUAUGAUGAUAAUCACAUUCCAAAAAUUCCAAUAUUUCCAAUUGAAGAAGCAGCAGAAGCACAAUUGAAUGGAUUAACACCAGUAAAUUAUUGCCCUGUUUCACAGCCACCACCAAUGCUCAAAGACCAGUCAACAUCUGAAACACCUCAUUGCAAUCUCCCUGUUCCUCUACCCAAUGAAAAAGCUGUUGUUGACCUUAUACAUGGUUUAAAAGAUGGUGAUUUGGUGUCUGCUGCAACUGCUGCUGCUGCUGUAGCUUCCAUUUUGCGAAGCAAAGAGCAUGGAAGGUCAGUUGACCCAAAUCUGCUGAUUGAGCUUCUUCGUGACCCAAAAAUGAUGUGGAAAUUGGUUGAUAAAAAUGAGCUUGGGGCUGAAGUGAAAACCAGACCUAUAGCCGGACCGGAACCAAUCGCAUCAUUUCCCUUGCCAAGUUCAACGGAAGAUGGUGAACCCUCAAGUAGGAAAACUCCUGCUAUUUCCAAACGUGUGACUGAGAAAGAAUUGAUUCCUAUGCCUAGCACCAAACCCAGAACUCGGAGCCAAACAGUUGGUGCAUGUGGAAAAACGCAUUCAGGAAUUCUGCCAAUAGCUGCACCAAAGCCAGUGAAACAAGCAACUCCCUUCUGGAGAUCAAAUUCUGGUACGUCUCUGACUAAGAACUUAAUUUUUGAACCUGGAUCUUCUCCUCGUUCAAGAAUUAGCAAGAUUGGUGGGAUAAGGACAGUGUCAUUUCCAAUCCCUUCCUCCUCGAAAACAAAUAUGGAAAUGAUUAAAAGGAUGAUAAACGAAUAUGGAGCACAGGAGGUAAAGCCUGAUGCACCUCGAAUUCCUUCCACAUCAAAACCUAAUGAGGUGAUCGAAAAAAUUGUUAAUAAAUAUAGAGGACUUGAUAAUUCAGCAACUUUAAAUUCUCAUAUGGUUGCAAACCCGGGUGCUUCCAUGGAUUCAGCAACUUUAAAUUCUCAUAUGGUUGCAAACCCGGAUGCUUCCAUGGAUUCUGUUCAGCAAACUAAGGCCAUAUCAGGUUCUGGAAGAUACCAUUUUCCAUCAGUGACCAUGGGUCACUCAGCACCUCUAUUGAAGGACAGUGAUUACUGUAAGUCCCUAGUAAAGCAAUAUGGUGAAACUCAAGUAAAUGAGAAGCAUGAAGUAUCCAAAAUUGGGCAACCUGGUAAAUGUUUGCAUGGACUAGAAUUUCCUAGAAAUAUAAAAUUUGAACUAGAUCUAAACAAUCAGUUGCCUAGCAUGUAUCUCAACGGCCAGUACCAGCAUCUUAUGUCUCAGCCAUGGGGCAGGCCGGGUGGGGAUCGUGUUCGGCCAGGUAGGGUGGUGGAGACUUCUGUUGCAAAGCGGAUGAAACUUGGGUAAACAACUUGUAUAGGUUUGAGUUCUGGGCAUGCUAUUUACAGAAACUUACUAUACUUUAACUUGGCCAAGAAAUUUUGGUUUUGAAGAAUAUUUACCUUGAGAACUACAUGCUUUAGAGGUUUUUACUCUAUUUUUGGUUACAAUUAUGUUUGCAUCUGGACAUGCUAUUUACAGAAACUUACUAUACUUUUAACUUGGCCAAGAAAUUUUGGUUUUGAAGACUA